CUUGAGGGUACCGUCGUACACAAAGGCGAUAGCAAGGGACCAUCUUUAUACCAUUGGGAAUCUUUUCACCUGUUAUCACAGCCCCUUCACAUCCCCGGAGCCCAAAGAGCAGAAGCGAAGCGUGCUUUCGCAACCCAGAACGCUGUGACAUUCCAAUGAACUUACAGAUGAAAAAGAUGCUAGAUUAGACAAAUGUUCUGCUGCAGCUUUGUCGAGUAGACAUACGGUUUUAUUGAGAUGGAUAAAGAACGACAGAACGACUCCUUUGAUCGUCAUUUUUCUGACCUGUGUUUCGAGAGCUGUUUCGAGCUCUAAACUGCUUGACCCCUCCUGGCUUACCAGGAAGCCAGUUCUCUUCCGUUCUUGGUUGAUCAGCUUUGAUCACAGUCUGCCACCGGAAUCCAUUUCAUCGCCGCAGACCGCAGCCCUCUUUUCUCCUCAUAAAAACCAAAAGCAUUGCUUGAUAAAAGCAAUUGCAAAACAACAUCCCACACAUCAUCCUUCUAUACAGCAACAUGUUUGGUUUUCUCAAGCCCAAGUCUACCAUCGGUGGCAAGUUCAUCUCCUUCUCGGAAUCCACCUCCAUGAUGGGCCGAAAGAGGAGCAGGCAGGACAGCAAGAAGAAAUGGCGCACCUGCGGUUCCUGGAACAAUGUGGAGAGGGUGAUGGAAACCCUCGACAGCACAGAUAGCACCAUGGAGUUGUCUCAGGAAAAUCUUGGAUCAUCCUUCACCAGCACCACAGUGGAUAUGGGUAACAGCAGCGCCCGUAGUCAUCGUGCCAGAAACGCCAGCAUGUCCUCCACUUCCGCAUCCACCACUGCAACUGUAGAGCCUAUAGUCUGCUCUGACAUUUCCUGCAGCCGUGCUCUGAUUAACCACACGCGACGACGAUGGAACUCUACGCUUCACGCUCUCCGACAGAGUGACGAGCUGGAUGACAUUGCCGCCCAGCAUGCCGAGGCCAUGGCAUCUGAAGGUGAGGUCUUUCACUCCAACCCUACUGAACUCUGUGAAUCCCUCGGGGGGGCUGAAUCCAUGAGGCGCCUGGGAGAGAAUGUCAUCUCCGGCUCCGACGCCUUGGACAUGCACAUGAGGCAACUCGAGUUUGUGACCAACUAUACCAAUAUGGUCGACGCUCGCUACGAGGAGGUUGGAAUUGCCACCGCUCGUGCCAAGAACGGAAAGUACUUCUUGUGCAUCCUCUUCCGAGGAUAAGCAUAAAAUCUGCCAAACCACAAAGAGUUUGAUACUAUUGCCAAAACUAUUUUGAAUGUACCACUAUGUACCAACAGCUUAUAACACAACUAUAUAAAAAUGAUCCAAUCAAUGCUAUUCCAUAACUUUGAAUGUACCAUUAGCUCAUAACAAAACUCUAUAACAUGAUCCAAUCAGAC